GGGGAAGCAAACCCUUUAGCUACAAUGUUUUAGGGAAAUGAAUCCACACAAUAAACAAAUUUCAAAUCAAGUUGCCCCUCUCUACCACAUAAGCAGUUUAGAAUCUUAAGCAGAUGCAAAAGGAAUAAAGCAAAUGGGGAGAAAAAAGGUCGAUAAACUUUCUGGCUGCAAUACAAGAGACAUAUCAUUACCAUAUGAUCUAAUGUGGGUGUCAGCCGGAUUGUGUUCAUUGAGGGAAACCUUAUUUUUUAACCGUGCUAUGGAGUAGAAGCAGGAGGUUUUCAACCUAGUGACAGUCACAGAGCAGCACCUACCCCCUCCUCCUUUCCACACCUGCAAACUCUUUUGCUGGGGCUGAAUAUUUAGUGUAAUUACAUCUCAGCUUUGAGGGCUCCUGUGGCAAAUCCCCGGAUUAAAAGGUUCCUUGGCAGUGAAAAUACAUGAGAUAAAUCAUGAAGGCAACUAUCAUCUUCCUCCUGCUUGCACAAGUUUCCUGGGCUGGGCCGUUCCAACAGAGAGGCUUAUUUGACUUUAUGCUAGAAGAUGAGGCUUCUGGGAUAGGCCCAGAAGAGCACGCUCCUGUUGAUUCUGAAUUAGAGCCUCUGGGACCAGUGUGUCCUUUCCGCUGUCAGUGCCACCUUCGAGUUGUGCAGUGUUCUGAUUUGGGUUUGGAAAAAGUGCCAAAAGAGCUCCCUCCUGACACUACGCUGCUGGACUUGCAAAACAACAAAAUAACCGAAAUCAAAGAUGGAGACUUCAAGAACCUGAAGAACCUUCAUACGUUGAUCCUUGUCAACAACAAAAUUAGCAAAAUCAGCCCUGGAGCAUUUACACCUUUGUUGAAAUUGGAACGACUUUAUCUGUCCAAGAAUCAUCUGAAGGAAUUGCCAGAAAAAAUGCCCAAAACUCUUCAGGAGCUGCGUGCUCACGAGAAUGAGAUCACCAAAGUGCGAAAAGCUGUGUUCAAUGGCCUGAACCAGAUGAUCGUCGUAGAACUGGGCACCAACCCGCUGAAGAGCUCGGGAAUUGAAAAUGGAGCCUUCCAGGGAAUGAAGAAGCUGUCCUACAUCCGCAUUGCCGACACCAAUAUAACCACCAUCCCGCAAGGUCUUCCUCCUUCCCUUACUGAAUUGCAUCUUGAAGGCAACAAAAUCUCCAAAGUUGAUGCAACUAGCCUGAAAGGACUGAAUAAUUUGGCUAAGUUGGGACUGAGUUUUAACAGCAUCUCUGCUAUUGACAAUGGCACUCUGGCCAACACUCCUCAUUUGAGGGAGCUUCACUUGGACAACAAUAAGCUUAUCAGAGUACCUGGUGGACUGGCGGAGCACAAAUACAUCCAGGUUGUCUACCUUCAUAACAACAAUAUCUCUGCAGUCGGGUCUAACGACUUCUGCCCACCUGGAUACAACACCAAAAAGGCUUCUUAUUCAGGUGUGAGCCUUUUCAGCAACCCAGUCCAGUACUGGGAGAUCCAACCAUCCACCUUCCGAUGUGUCUAUGUGCGUUCCGCCAUCCAGCUUGGAAAUUAUAAAUAACUCCCAAGAAAGCCCUCGUUUUCAUAACCUGGCAAAGUCCCAUUAAUAUCGUUGCUCAAAAAAAAAAAAAAAAAAAAAGAAAAAAAAAAGAAAGCUAGAUACUGAAAACCUAACUGCAAUGUGGAUCUUUUCCCCACAUGAUUUAUAAUGCAUAUAAAGCCAAAUAUGCAGUUUAAAUAAUUGCCUACAAUAAAAAAAAUAAUUUGCCUGCCAUUUUCAGAAUUCUUUUUUGAAGCUUUCUGUUGAUGUUAACUGAGUUAUUGCAGAUAUUCUUAUUUCCCUAAACGUAAAAUUUGGAGUAAAUGUGUAUAUAUAUAUAUAUAUAUAUAUAUAUAUAUAUAUACAUGUCAACAAUUUAGUAAAUCUUUUCUUGUCUAAUAUUCAGAAGGAAUCAAAUAAAAAAUAUUGAUCUUCUGUAACUCAUAGGGUCUUAGAUUCUUUGACAUAACGUUGAACUUCAAAUUCUAUCUAGCUCUGUAUUAAACCCCAUUAUUACUGGUAAAGCCUCAUUUGAAUAUGUAAAUUCAAUACAGGCUAUGUAAAAUUUUUGCUAAUGUCAUCAUUUUGAAACAAAUAAAUUUACAAAUACAUUCAAACUUA